GAUUAUAAAAUGAAACUAGACAGCUUAUUCAAGAAGAAGCUGAACAUUAUAAAAGACGAACAUGACCUAGCUUAUUUAGAGACAUUAAACAAGGAUAGCUUAUGGGACAUAAUCACAAUAAGCAUAAUCAAGUGUGCAAGAUCAACCCUCCUAGGAAAGAAGUCCACAGUAGGAAAACCUGUUCCUGAGAAAGAGAAAAAGAGAGAAAUAUUAAAAAAGACCUAA